AACGAACGCAGGCUACAGUGCACGCGUGGUGCGGAUAUUCCUGCAAUAUUAAUUUAUUUACUUAAAAUUCUCACCCGCAUCAUAUUUUUUAUUAACGAGACGCUAUCGCGCGACCAUUUCAAAUCUAGUUACUUUAAAGUCUUUAGCUGAAUCAAAAGGGCCUAAACCACGAUGAGCAGCGAAGAUGUGAAAUUAUUUACCAGGGAGGAGCUGAAAUCCCGAAACACUCGUGAAGAUGCAGUCAUGAUCAUUCACAACGGUGUCUAUGAUGUCACGCAUUUCCUGGAUGAGCACCCGGGAGGAGAGGAGGUGCUGCUGGAGCAGGCGGGGAAUGACGCCACGGAGCCCUUCGAAGAUGUCAGCCACAGCUCGGAUGCCAGAGCCCUAAUGAAGAAAUACAAGAUCGGCGAGCUGGUGGAGGCGGACCGGACGCAGACGAAGGGCGCGUACGCGCCGCAGUGGAGCAACGACCAGCCGCAGGAGCAGGGCAAUGCGUGGACCUCAUGGCUGGCGCCUCUUCUGCUGGGCGUCGCGGCCACCAUCCUCUACCGCUAUCUGUUCGCGUAACCAUCCGCCGAAAACGCCCAUAGGCGUCCGACGAACGAAAUUAUCUGAGCUGA